UGCUUCUGUUGUGUCCCGCUUCCCGCGACGUGUUUCCGGGCAGCCUCGUGUGGAGCUUCCCCCCGGUGUCUUUGUGUGGAGCUUCCCCGGAGCAGCUGGAGGUGCAAAAUUCAAGACGCUUCGAUCUUUGCUAUAUCCACGUCUAAUCUCCUUGAUCUCCAGAAUGCCUAAGAGAGGAAAGAAGGACAACCUCAAGAGUGAGACAGAGCCUUCUGUGCAGGAUGAGGAACCCGAAAACAAGAAGGGGAAGAAGGGAGGCAAAGAAGCCGAGCCUGUGGUCCUGUAUGACGAUGCCCCUGACAAACUGACCACUGAAGAUGACAAGAAGUACACGCUGAAGAUCAGCUCCUGGAAUGUUGAUGGUAUCAGAGCAUGGGUCAAAAAAAACGGUUUGACGUGGGUACGAGAGGAGGAUCCUGACGUCCUCUGUCUUCAAGAGACCAAGUGUGCUGAGAAAGCUCUCCCCGCAGACAUUAAGGACAUGCCGGAGUACCCCCAUAAAUACUGGGCCUGCUCUGAUGAGAAAGAGGGUUAUAGUGGAGUGGCAAUGCUUUGUAAGGAGAAGCCUCUUGAUGUCACAUAUGGCAUUGGGAUUGAAGAGCACGACAAGGAGGGUCGUGUAAUCACUGCUGAGUUUGACUCCUUUUACUUGGUUGCUACUUAUGUUCCCAACUCCAGCCGCGGCCUAGUACGGCUUGAUUACCGCCAGCGCUGGGAUGUAGAUUUCCGUGCUUAUCUAAAGGGGUUGGACAGCAAAAAGCCACUCAUCUUGUGUGGUGACUUAAACGUUGCACAUCAGGAGAUUGACUUGAAGAACCCGAAAACCAACAAGAAAACCCCCGGCUUCACUCCUCAAGAGCGAGAGGGAUUCGGAGCACUGCUGGCUGAAGGCUACGUAGACAGCUUCCGUGAGCUGUACCCCGACAAGCCGCACGCUUAUACCUUUUGGACUUACAUGAUGAAUGCACGGAGCAAGAAUGUUGGGUGGAGGCUGGAUUAUUUUGUCCUGUCAAAAGCCUUGCUUCCAGCCUUGUGUGACAGCAAGAUCAGAAGCAAAGCCAUGGGGAGUGACCACUGCCCAAUAACCCUUUAUAUGGCCAUAUGAGGACAACUAGUGGUUGUUCGUAAAUUCACUGUAUGGCAACUUGCCUUGUACUGUGCUUAUUAUGAUGUAAGUAUAGCACUUGGUAACCUGCAACACUAGCGGCCUCUCUACAUGACCAUGAAAAUAUGGAGUGCUUUUGACUAGGGAUGAGCGAACCCGAACUUUACAGGUUUGGCGUUUGGGCAGUGGAGGAAUCCCGUUAUGGGUUCCAUUAUCACGGAAUUCUAUGACUGAAUGCAAAAUGGAAGCCUUUAAAAGGCAUUCCGUAUAAUAGAAGUCUAUGGCCAAGCAUAACGGAUCUAUCUGGUUUCUGUUAUGCAAGACGAAAAACAAAGUCCAGGAUUCUUCCACUGCCCGAUCGCUGAACCCGAACCUGUACAGUUCGGGUUCGCUCAUCCCUACUGUUGACUCCUAAUCAUUGUCAUGUAUAGAGGUUGAUGAUGUAAAUUGGCUUUGAGGUUGGGCAAGCCUGGUGGUGCUUUCAUUUUAAUUGGUUUCUUUUGCCAUGUAGUGUUU